AAUCACAUUGUUAGCAUAAAACAUACUCUCGUGUCAACUGUAGAUGGACAGCAGCUCAGUGAGAGGCACUGUGAUGAUUGUCCUUGAACUGGUGAGUGCAGAGACACCUGGGUUUAUAGUUAGUUCUAACUGUGAGUAUAUAUUAAGUUCUUAUGCAUCAUGCAUAGCAUAGUAAAAUGCAAAGUGUCUUUAAAUGUUUUUAACAGCUGCUAAUUUUAUUAUAUAGACAAUGUUGUAACAUUAUUUGUCCAGCAGAGGGCAGAAGACUGAAAAUCUUAACUAUAUGAUAAUAAUGUUUUGUUUCUGGAUCAGUAGCAGGUUUGGUAGUUACUUUUAAAAUGUAUUAUCUUCAGCAAAACUGUUACCAACAGUGUAAUUCAAGGCUCAAACUCAAUAAGACAUAACACCAGGGACAUUUGACUCUUAAAUUAAAAUAAUACAGAGGAAUUUUGCCAUGAUUUGUGUCAUAUACUAUGGUACGCUUUAGCCUGUGUAAAACACGGUUAUUCAAAAUUCAAUUAAAAGCAUUUACAUGUAAAUAUCAAAUGUAUGAUCAUUUGUUGUCAUACAGAUGUUUAGGCAUCACAGGUCACCAUCACUUGAGUACAUCUUGAUAUGCGACCAAGAAGUCAUGUGAUUGUCAAGAAAGUGAAAGAAAAACCAUGUUGGAACCACUGGUGUAGGGGAAUUCUGUCUGUGGACAACAAAGAAGUUAGCCAAGACAUGGUGUGGCCUUUGCCAAACAGCAUUUUCUAUAUAUGCCCUACAAAGGUAGAGGGUAACAGUAACUACAAAAAGUUAUUACUGAUAGAUAGGUUGUAAAUGUUUGAUUCUAUGCCUUUUUUGGCUGAUUAUUUUAACACAAAAACAUAUAAACAUAUAUCAUACAUACCCAUUUAAAGGCAGAUACUGCACUCUGCCUUUGUACUAUGUUCAGCUGAUACAAAGGCAAAACACUGUAUCUACAAACACAUACGUUUUAGUCAUCUUCAUCUAGUUUGUUUUAAUGAAAUAAACUUAAUUUUGAAUAGUUUAAGGUCAUGCUGAUUAAAUGUAUCUCUUUUUUAGUAUGUGUCUGUGUGUCUAUCUGCUAUUAAUAUUUAUAUUGAAAUUGUGUGAUUUGAGGGUAUCUUAACUGCACCAAAUUGGAUAAAUUCCACUAGUCCUUGUGCAAAGCUAGGCAUUGUUGUUACAGGUAAAUACAAGCUGAUAAGGUAUGUUCUCCUCUGCUUAGUCAUGACUUAGGGUUGUAUGCAUUGGUACCCCUAAUGGACAGCAUUUUACAUGAAGAUCAGAAAUAAACUUUUUGUCGCAGCUGUGUAAAAAUGUGUUAACUUGAGGAGGGAAAUUGAAGGAUAAAAGUUUGUUUUGGGGAACAAGGGCUGUGGAGCUACUCUUGAGCUUAAUAUUUGAUUGCCACCUGCAAGUACAGUAAGUAAGAUAGUUUACAAUAAGUUCAACAUAAAAUCGAAAGGAUGGCUGGAAAGUCCCUCAGGGCGGUGCCCGGGCAACGUUAGCAAAAAAGAAACAAAAACAAGAUUUAAGAGUACAAAUCAAACACACGGGCUGCAGAUCACCUCAGGUGUCCUAAAGACACACACCACUUCUCAUCUUUUUCAUCUUGGUAACAGAUUUGACAGUUUUUCCACAAAAUGGAUGAAUCUGACACGAAUACCACAGUCAAAGAAUUUGUUCCCAGUUUGUUGACUCCCAACAAUAAUGAAGAGGUUCUUCUCAACAAGCUGCAAGGACUGGUUACAAACAUCAAAUGGAGCCCAACAGAUGCCGUGGACUUGUUUGAUGCUCUUCUGAAGCGAUUUGAGUCAACAACAAAUGACAGAUCACAUCUCCUGACAUGGCUGUUGGAAAUGUUGCACUGUAUAGAGAUUAAUUACAUUACUCCCAGUUGGAGAUGUCAAACAGGAAAGACACUUAAAGAGCUGGUCCCAGACAAGACUGUAACAGAUGAAGACCUCAAAAGACAUUUAGCCGAUGACACAGAAAAGAAACUGAAGGAAAUUCUUGAGGAAAUCCGCCAACAAAAGUUAAACCAAAUUGAUGAAAAGCUUUUAGAUGAUGUGAGAGACAUUGUAUCAUCAGUUGAUGAAGAUCUUACUUUGCCCAAUAAUGGAUCACAGUGGAGUGGCUUGAAAAAAGACUUGCUGAAGCUCUGCCAGGCAGCAGAAAAAACCUGCUUCAGACCACGACUGACACAGAUGGUGAGCUGGUGUAUUAUGGCUCUUUCCAAAACAGGGCGGUUAAUUCAGGUUGGCACUGGAGAGGGGAAGUCGUGUAUCGUGGCAAUGUUUGCAGCUUUUCGAGCUAUGAGAGGAGAAAAGGUAGACAUCAUGUCCAGCUCAUCAGUUCUGGCAGAAAGAGAUAUGAAAGAAUGGCAAUGCUUUUAUAAAGCUUUGAACAUCACUGUUAACUGCAACACCAACAAACAAGGCAAAGACAACUUGAAAAAGUGCUAUAAGUGUCAGGUUGUUUAUGGUACUGUGGAACAGUUUGCUGGAGACUGGCUUCGGAACCACUUUGAAAGGAUGGACAUAUUUGGACAAAGAACAUUCCAGUGUGCAAUUGUGGAUGAAGUGGAUUCCUUGAUGCUAGAUAAGGGUCUUCAUGUGGUCUAUAUAGGUAGUGAUAUGCCUGCUUUGCAACAUCUCAAUCCACUCUUGGCAUUCAUAUGGGCCACUGCUAAUCAGUACAGUAAGAUUGGCACAGAGACAGUUGUGGGGCAAAAAUACCCCUUUAAUCAAGUUGUGCUUGAAAACAUAACAAAGGACAAAGAUGCUGAAGAGUUCACCAUCCUUCAAAUGGCUGAGGACACAGGUAUACUGGCAAAAGGUUCAGUCAGGGAUCUUAGAAAGAACCCGAGCCUUUUAACUGAAAAAACUGCAAGCGUUACUGCUAACCAGCUGGCAGAGUUCUUUAAGACAGUAGAGAGGAGAUUCCCAUCUUGCCAGUUUGCUCUGCACUGCAUGAACAGUGAUGGAGCAAUAGAGGAACUGAACAAAGGACCACAAAAAGAAAUGCCUGAAAGACAGAGAGUGCCGCUGCUUUUAAUCAAUGGAGGCUUCUGCCAGUACAUGUACUCUGAUAAAAACAGUAUACAGAGAGCUGCAGAAGCAGAAAUAAAACGUGCUCUGCAUUUCACACCAUGUGAACUAAGCAAAGAUAAACGUCGCUGCUACGUCCCGGGCUUCCUCUCAGAUCUGGUCAAAUCUAAACUAAAGGUUUGGAUUGAAAAUGCAUUCUACGCACAAACCAUGACAAUGGAUCAUGAAUAUAUCAUGGAGAAACAUGGGGUAGUGCCUGUGGACUACAGCUGCACAGGUGUCGUUGAAAACAACAUGCAAUGGUCAGACGGGCUACAUCAGUUUCUUGAAAUGAAACAUGAGUCCAAGCUGAGUGACAUGACAGCCAUCACAAACUAUAUGUCCAGUGUUGGCUUGCUUCAGAAGUAUGGAGAUCAGAUCUUUGGAAUCUCUGGGACUCUUGGCCAACAAGCAGAGACUGAGACCUUGCAGAAGAUCUAUGAAGGUAUCAAGACCUGCCAGAUACCUUCAUUCAAACGCAGAAAGCUGUUUGAGGUUGAAGGAGUGAUCGUAAAUGGUGAAAAAGAAUGGAUUGAGAAAAUCUGCCAUGUUGUCACUGCACAAACCAACUGUACUCCAUGUAGGGCUCAAAGAGCUGUGCUGGUCAUCUGUGAGACCAUCAAUCGAGCAAAGAUUGUCCACCAAGCUCUAGGAGAUAGAGUCCUGAACAAAAAGCUUUACAUAAGCAACAACGUGGACAAUACUGCAGUCAUUGCCAAGACGCUUGAAGCAGGAGAGGUCAUUAUAGCAACAAACCUUGCAGGUCGUGGAACAGACCUUAAGGUUUCUGAACCAGUAAAUACAGCUGGAGGUUUGUUCGUUGUACAGACCUUCCUGCCGAAGAAUGCUCGUGUCGAGGCGCAGGCAUUUGGCCGCACUGCUAGACAAGGAUCUCCUGGGUCUGCUCAGCUCAUUGUCUGUUCCAGCCAUCUGUCAGAACCACUCCAGCUGCUAGUUUUGACAAAUAAACUUAUAUCUUUACUGGAAAAUAUAACAGAUGUUACUCCACUUUUUCAAGGUUGUUUUGUGAUGCAGUUGAGAUUGUAUCAAAAAAGGCACAGCGAUGAACAAUCUAAAGACAUCAAUUCAACGCUGUCACGUAUUUUGGCUGAAAACUCCAAUUCGGGAAUAAAGACAGUUAAAAAGAUCAGAGAUGACUCAGUAGCUGAAGAACUAGCUAGCUACUUGGAGUGUGGCAUCCCAAAGAUAAAGAAGGAGGAAGAGCUCUUCAGUCAGUAUCUGAACAUACUAGACGAAGUGUACAAAAGCAGUAACAACAAGCCAGCAGAUUCCUAUUUGUCUGCACUGAAUGAAUUCUGGGGGAUGUGGCUACUCAUUAACUUCAAUGUGAAUGAAUCUAUCGUGGACUUAAAAAACAAACUAACUGAAGACCUGAAAACAGCCAGGCAAAAACUCAGACAGAGAGAAUCACCCUCAUCAAACCUGCACCACUACACUGCAUUUGGCAAUGAGCUGCGGGAAAAUGGCCAUCUUGCAGAGAGUAUCAAGAUGUACACUAAAGCCAUACAGGAGGACCACUGUUGGGCAGCAAUUGCUCAUUACAACCGUGCUUUUGCAUCUUUAGCCCAGCAAGACAGGCAUCAGGAUCGAAGCUGCAUCGAUCAAGCUCUGGGAGAUUUGCAAAACGCACUCAAGUCUGUUGAGUUCUACUGUGAACAAAUUGAGGUCACUCAUAAAUACUCCUUACAAGCCAAGGGCCUCUGCAGCGAUUCACUCACCAGAUUUGACAGUCACAUCAUACACAAAUACAAAGUGUUGCUGUGUUUCAAGGGAAACAUUAAUGAGGCCAUACAGAAGGUAGACAGGGCCAGAGACACUGGUGGGAAUGUAAAAGUGGAGGAGAGUCCUGUCUACUUCCUGGUUCCAGUUGUGCAUUUUCUGCCCUUGGUAGUCCUUUCGACCGAAUCACUGACUCUAAGCCGCUCCAUAGACCCUCUGAAAAUCCAACAGCUCAUCAGUCAUCCCUUCUUUGACAUUCUCAAUGAACUUACGUGUCUUAAAUCUCUGGGCCUGACUCAUGUCUAUACCUUAGACACACUGUUGGGUGGCUUUUUCUCAAGGAUACACAGGAAGAUACGUCAAGCUUUUGGCAGGCAUUCAGCACUUGAGUAAAACAAUCAAGCAAACAAUAGAGCAAACAAUGGCGUUGGAAAUCUAGUCAACCACAAACUUUCAGGAACACAAGAAGAAACACAGCCUAGCUCCAGCUUGCUGUGACUUUUUAAAUUAAUCUUUUUGGUUUUGAAGUUCUUUUAUCACUGCAAGUUUUGAGGAAAUUCCUCAUCCUUUUGAAAACCAUGUGAUCCUAACUGAACUAAAGUCAGAGGAAUAAAAAGUUGGUUCAAGUCCAGCGUGGAACAGUCAGUAUGGAGUGUGGACUGGUAGCUGGAGAGGUGCCAGUUCACCUCCUGCACACCUAACCCCUAACUGCUUGGCGUGCCUGACUUUGUGGCAGCCCCAGCACUCUAACAUCUCUCCCCAUGUGUGUGUGUGUAUUUUUGAUGUAUGUGUGCAAAAUAUAAUAAUGGGGUGAAAAAUUUUUAUUUCCCCUAACAGGGAUUAAUAAAGUAAUUCUUCUUAUAUUUUGUAAUUACUAAUCAAAUAAGUCUUAAUAUUAAUGUAUUUUUAUUGUACUUUUUCCAUAUAUAUAUAUAUAUAUAUAUAUAUUGUGCAGUUUUAAAUAUUUUCUGCUCCAUUUUGUCAUAUAUUUUUUUUCCUAUAUUUUGAUUUUGAGCUGUCCAAGCUGCAUUUACUGAUCCUUUAUUUUUAUUCACUCAAAUGACAAUGACAAAGUAAUGUUGUGAUGAAAGUUACCAUAUUCUGUUAUGAUCAAAAGUUGUCUACUUCUACUUUAAAAUGUUGUUAAAACGUUGCUAUCUGUUGAUACUUUGAUCCUUUGACUAGAGCUGAAAACUUCAGAUCUAAACACUGAGAAAUGAGGAAAGUUUGUUUCUUCGUGUCGAACUUCCCCCUUCUCCUAUGAGAAAGAUGAUUAGUCGAAUUAAAAAGUGAUUGACAACAGGUUCAAUUAUUGACAAUUACCCCUCCCAUUCAAAGUCUCUGGUCUGCAAAGAAAGCAGGGUUUGGAGCCAGACCAUUUUGAUUCGUGGAUGUGGAAUUUAACAAGAAUAAUCAGGAGCUGAAUUAUAUAGUUGAUAUUACUAUCCAACCCACUGAACACAAAAUGUAACAUCACAUCAAAUACAUUAAUCUGUAGAUUAGUACCCAUUUUUCUAUUUAUGAAGUUUUGCAUAUCUGUCCAAAAUAAAUGUGAAUGAUCACAGUGAAACGAAUUCAAUAUUGUUUCUCUAUCUGAGUUGCAUAACACACAGGUAUAGUCUAUCUUUAGCUUAAAUCUUUCCAACACUUAUUUAACAGGGUAAAUUUGAUGUGAAAUCUCGAAGGAUAUUUCUUUCACUUUAUUUUGAAUACAGUAUUUAUUUAGAAUAUGUUGUGGAAAGAAAAUAAAAAAUAAUUCACUUGUGAGACCUGAAAUAAACACCAAGAAAUACCAAAGUGUCUUUCUAAGUUUUAUUCUUUGCAAAGAAGGUCAGACAAUCAUACAGAGCAUUGUAGGUCUGCAGAGAGUGAGACAGAGAAGUACCGCUCAGACUACUUAUGUAAAAUGUGUAUGCAUGGGGGUUCGUAGUUACACAGUUGUACAAACUAGUCUAAACCAGUCUAAAGAUACUAGGUAGACAGGAACCCAAGGUGAGUCUCAGUCUGAGUUGUUAAAAGUUCAGCAGGUCAAAGGAAGUGCACAGCUAGACAAAAAAAUAACACCUUAUGUUGAAUAUGAGCUGUCACAUUUGGAUGCACAGCAUAGCAACAUAAAAACAGCUUCAAAUUUUCCAUUACAAAUACAACAAGCUUUUUUCCACUGUAAAUGCCCCAUGAUAGAAGACCAAAAGAAUUUUGCUGCAGGAGGUGUGACACAAUCCAAAGCAUUUCUGAUGUGUCUGUUAUUGCACCGUUUAUUCUCAAUAUCAAUAUCUCCAAUAAAAAAUAUGCUUAGAGUUAAUAAUGUUAUUUUCUGAGAUAAAAUAUCCUUUUUAUUUCAGAUAAAGUAUCUGUGAGGACUGAAAUUGCAUUUGUAUAUAAUGUCCAGGCUAAAAGAGCUUGCCUGUGAAAGUUAGCCAAUUUGAUUGGGAUUUUGUCAACAGAAAAAUUGCAUUUUAACAAAAAAAUCAAUGCCACCAGUAGAAUUUAAUAAAUAUGCUGUCACGGUGGGCCACAGAGCCCCCGGUCCUUGUAUGCCUCUGUGUACCUGUCUCUCCUCGUGUUUUCUGGCUGUCCUCUGUCUGUCCUGGUGUGUGCGUGUGGGUGUGUCUGUGCUCUGGGCUGGCUUCCUGAUCUCCCGUCUGCGACUGAUUCCUGGCACACCUGGCUUCAAUCAUCGCUGAUCAACACGGUUCUUAUACCGGGCACCUGCACACCACCGACGCCAGAUCGUCCCCCGUACAUAUGCUCUCGCCCUGCCGGUGACCACCGCCUCAGUAUGUCCUUCUGAUCACCCGGACCUCAGCUACCACGCCACUCUCGCCAUCCGGCCGAUCUUCGCCUCCGGGCACUGCCGGCUACCCACACCACACGCCCGGCUUCACGAAUCCUCCGCCUGGUCGGUUCAGGAUUCCUCUUACCACGGGUGACGCCGGAUCUUGCAUUCAUUCACACUUGCAAUAAUCUGCACAAUAAAAACCGUCCUAUUAACCCAGUUCUGUUUCCGCGAGUUCCUGCAUUUGGGUCCUGAAAAUAGACCGCCACGACAUAUGCAGGAAAAGAAGGCCGCCUACCCUGAGUCUGGUUCAGCUCCAGGUUUCUGCCUCUUUAAAAAAAGUUUUUCUUUGCCACUGUCGCCAAAUGCUUGCUCAUGGUGGGAUUUGUUGGGUCUCUGUAAAUUAUAUUAAGAGUACAGUCUGCACUUGCUCUGUAGAACAAGUCCCCCACUCCCCCCGCCCACUUUACCUCAGCUCUCAAAGUGGCCUCCGUGCGACGUCUGCUGUUACGUAAUACCAAGGGCUGAGGGGAAGUGGAACUACUAAUGAAACACCCUGCGUUCCAAAAAGUAUACUUUUUCAUUUUACUUUUAGUACGUACUGUAAAUUAUAUUGUUAAUUGUAGCUGCUCUAGCACCAGAAAGGAACGAAGCCGUAAGAUACUGCUCCCUUCAAAGAGUCGAUUCCCAUCACUACUAACAGUGUUGGCAGGAUUGAGAAUAUGAAAUAUAAAACAGUUGUUUCAAAUCCAGCCCCUACACCCUCCCACUCUGAAGGAGUGCACUUUCUUAAGAAAAUUCUAAUUUUAAAAAUUCAUAACCAAUUCAGUAGCCAAGACGCUUGAAGCAGGAGAGGUCAUUAUAGGAACAGACCUUAAGGUUUCUGAACCAGUAAAUACAGCUGGAGGUUUGUUCGUUGCUCAUUACAACCGUGCUUUUGCAUCUUUAGCCCAGCAAGAAAGGCAUCAGGAUCGAAGCUGCAUCGAUCAAGCUCUGGGAGAUUUGCAAAAUGCACUCAAGUCUGUUGAGCUCUACUGUGAACAAAUUGAGGUCACUCAUAAAUACUCCUUACAAGCCAAGGGCCUCUGCAGCGAUUCACUCACCAGAUCUGACAGUCACAUCACAGCCAAUUACAAAGUGUUGCUGUGUUUCAAGGAAAACAUUAAUGAGGCCAUACAGAAGGUAGACAGGGCCAGAGACACUGGUGGGGCUGUUAAACUAAGUAAGAAGUUAGUUUACGUCCUUGUUUCAUGCAUAUUCUUCCCAGAUAGCACUUGCUUUUCAAGCUCAUCAGUGAUCCCUCCUUUGACAUUCUCAUUGAAUUACUGUGUCUGGAAGCUCUCGGGCUGACUCAUGUCUAUACUUUAGACACCGUUUUCUUUCUGUGUACACCGUUCUUUUUGCUAGACAGAGCCCUGCGUCGAGGUCUUGAUUUGGUGAUUGGAGGUUUUACACGUUUUUUCACAUUAUUUAGGAAAUGCCCUCGAAAAUAAGCAAUCUGCAGCAUGGACUCAUCCUGCAAAUGAAGUGGAACAACUUUGUAAGCCACAAACCUUCAGGAACUAAAUGCUCAUCUUUAAGUUUAUCUUUUUGGUUGAAAGUUGAUUAAUCACUGCAAGUUUUGAGGAAUUUUCUCAUUCUAUAGAAAACCAUGUGAUCCUAACUGAAAAAAAGAUGCAUUUUGAUAUGACACUACUCAGUGCAGGUUCCUUGUCUAUUGUUACAGUACAUAUAAUAUGAUAUUCUUUAAUUGUUGUCAAUUCAAAUGAAAGCCAAAUAAGUCUUAGGAUUAAUUAUUAUAUUUUUAAUUGUACUUCCUACAUUUUUUGGCCACAUAUAGUGUGUAAUUUUAAAGAUUUUCUGCUCUAUCUUAAAUGUAGUUGUCAUUUUCUCCAUAUAUUUUGGUUAUCAUUAGUUUUGAGCUUUACAAGAUACAAUUACUUGAUCCUUUAUUUUAUGUAUUUAAAUGUCAAUAACUAAACUAAUGUGUUUUAUAUGUUGUGGUUUGGAGUAACCAUGAAAAUAAUGUCUAAAAUGUGUCUUAUUUACAAUAUAAUUAUUGAUUGCCAGGAUUAAUGAUGUGACUAAGUUUUAUUCACUGAAGGAGAACUGUAAAAUCACAUAUAUUUUAUUACAUUUUUUGAUUCAGCAUAAUAAAGAAAGAAAGAAAGUUGGGUAAAGAGACACUGGUGGGAUUAAAGGUAAGUGUUUUUUCCAUCUCAUUCAUUUCAAUCUUUUCAUGAGGUUUUGCACUUCAGGUUCUGUAUUUGCAUUUUUAAAUGUUGAGCUCAUUUGAUAAAACUUUGUGAGAGCAGGGUGGACUUGAGGAUUGUACAGUCAAUUGUGAGCUACCAGGGGAUUUAUAAAAUUCACUGCUGAUACAUUUUUAGUUAAAAAGUUGGUGAAUUUCUUUUUCUUUGUGGAAUUGUAAUUGUUGGUAUUAUUUUAACUGUUGGAGACUACUGUAGCCUACUCCAAGGUUGAGUAGCCUACAAGCUAGCCUUAUGAAGGUCUUGUUUUGCUUACCAAGUGAAUCCACCUGUUUCAAGAAAUACGUCCUUACACUGUGUACUAAUGGCAUAAUGUUGAAAAAAAAUCUUUACUUCAAUGGAGAACAGGUGCUUUCCAUUUUACUUGAUUACAACCAUGGCUGUAUACAGAGAACUGGAUACAGCAGCGAAGGCAGCGCUCCAUUCAUUCCUGUGAAAGCUGCUCCUCCUCUGAUGUUUUAUGGUGGUUGGCAAACAACUUUUGGUUCAUUACCGCCACCUUCUGAAAUGGCGCGUGGAUCAGAAUGGUCUUAUGCCUUCCCUAUAUUCUUCGUCUAAGUCCUGUCUUUUCCAAAAACCUAAAUAUUGCCCUGUACCCCACAUGCCCUGAGUUCAGUUGAAGUAACUCCUUUAUUCCAAACUUGAUGCGAUCUCUUCUCAGUCUUUUUUUAGCAUCUGUCUUUCCUGCACCUACCUAGGACAAUUGAUAAUUACAUGUUCUGCUGUUUCCUGUAUGUUACAGUACUCACACAUACCAGUCCCAUGUUUAUCAAUUAUCUUAAGUGUACUAUUAAGACCAGUAUGCCCAAACCUCAUUCUUGAGAUAAUGUCUUCCUUUCUUUUUGUUCUUCUAGUUUCCAACAGACAACAGUACCGUGGGGCUUAACAUUAUAUACCCUAUCCCUAUUACAUUCGCUGUAUUUCCGAUUGUCCAACCGAAGCUCUUGAUCUGUUGUUUUUCUUUCUCUUGGCAUGGUUUUAACACCUUAUGAGUACGGUGAUUUUCCUUGUGGCCCUUUAAGUUUGCCCAGAAUAUUAAUGCUAACUGGGUUCUUCUGAUUUCCAGUGGGACUUAAUUCAUUUCCACUUACAAGGCUGAUACUGGGGUAGUUUUUAAUGGCACCACAGCAGAGUCUCAAUGCCUGAUAUUGUAUUGUAUCUAACUUCUUUAAUAAUGUUCUUGAUGCAGAUUCGUAUACUGCCAUAGUCUAGAACUGCCCUGAUUAACCCAAUAUAUACAGUUUUCAAAGAAAUCCUGCUUGCUCCCCACUCUCUACCCCUCAACACCUUAAAAUAUUCAGUACCUUUUUACACUUAUCAACAUGAAAGCUGCUCAGUGGCGCAUGAAGCCAAAAAAGUUCGACUUCCCGGUAUUAUCCAGAUCUUUCUAUAGCUUCCUCAUUGUGUGGCCCCACAGGUGCAAGCGCACUAGCGUUUCAUUUAACCCCGCCCCCUCGGCGGGCUCGAGCUAGCUAAAUUCCGGUGUAGCCCUCGGCUGACUUGAAUGGGGAUAAAUUGGUUUAAUCGUGUGGCUCUUCUAGACUUUCCAAAUAUUAUUAGACCGAAGGGAUCAUUUGGAUAGUGAAACGAGUCAUUUCGCGGGGGUUGUGACGCUCAAAAAUAAAUAUCCAUCAUUCCUUUUUUAAAAAUACCACGUAGGACUGUGGAUGUAUUUAUUAGCUACUCAGUGAGCAAAUCAACAGAAAUACUGCAAAGGCAAAAUGUAUAGGCCUACAACAUGUUUUCUUCACAUCAACCCCUCUUAAAAAUGCAACACAGGAGACAGGAUAUUUCUCUUAAGCUUUUAUUAAUAUUUAAGUUUGCUUUUUUUAGGAUGUUGUUUUACACAGAAAUUAGCCACACAAGUAAAUUUGAUUGUAUUCUCUUUACCUUUAAUCUUUUUUAUUGUUAAUUAUAUUAUUCUCCCUUAUCAGCGCUAAUGCUAAAAAAGCUACACAAGAACUAUCACACGGUUAACUAACUUGUGAGCACAUCGGGACGGUAAACUAACACUUCACAGAGAUAAAACAAAAAAAAUGUAUUCCAAAACAUAGAAGGGAAAGAACAAUAUAAAAAAAGUAAAAUUUAAGAGACAAACAAAAGACAAAAUGGACAGGCAUUUACAAUCACACAGCCCUGCUCAACUCUCCACAAAGACGUACCACUCCUUGUCCUUAUUUGGCAAAUUUAUUGUCUAGGCUCCACCCUUUAUCCCUUAUUUGGUAGCUGCUCCCAUGCCCAAUUACUUGAGUUUAAAUUUAAGUCUGGGAGGAGCCAAACAUUUACAUUCUACACUUCAGCCCUCUAGACAGCAAUCAAAGUGCCUAAAACAUGGCGGCAUCCUGGUUUGACGUCACAUUUUGCGUUUACACCCUAAAGCACAAAUCAUCUAAACAUCAAGAUUUGUGUUUGCCUCAUUAAAUGCAACAGUUGUUAGCGGUUCAAAGGCUGGUUGUGAAUUGCACUACGUGAUGGGCCACGGGGGAAGUAACUUACAACAGAUUACUGUCGUCAUCAUCAUCAUCAUCAUCAAUAUCUCCCAAGCACCAGUCUAAUCAAAGCUCAAAUCUGAGGCCCUCCGCUGACUUUCCUGUCGCUGUCGUCAAAAACAUCGCUCCAGCUCUACUUCAGAGGAGCACUAGACAGCAAGUGAAAGAAAAAGGCAACCUUCAACUGACUCAUAGAAAUGAUACUGCUUAUUAAAGAAAAAAGAAUCAGAUGCAAUGCUGCAUAAAUGUGUGCACACAGGUGGCACGCUUACAAAUGCACAUGCGCGUCAUGGAUAUCGGAUUGGGUCCAACUACAGGUCCUUUAAAAGUAUGGUCAGUCCAACACGUCAUAGGGCAGUGGCAAGCUUUAUGUUGAUCUGCUGGAAUUUUAAAAUGAAUUUAGAUUAAGUUAGUCACUAUAAAUGAUGCUAAAAGGCGCAAAUUCAGCCCACAGCAUUUCUGAAAAAAAAAAACAACAACCCAAAACCCUAGUAUAUUGGGGCUCUUAAUUUUGGCAGUAAGAAUGCUUAUUGGCUGCAAUUCCAGAUUGGAUGAUUCAAGGUGCAGAUAUUGGCUGAUAAAUAUUAAAUACAUUUUCAGUCUCAUAACAAAAAAAGGCUAAAUCGUUUGCCUCUUAUGACUGAGGCUGUACCAAAAGGUGCAGCCCUGGUGGCAACAAUUGUUUACCUUUUUUUGUGUCCGUGUGUUGGCAGUGAAGGGGCUGGUUCAUUGUCAUCGAUAAGUCACAGGGGGUUUUCGUUGGUCUCAAAACUGAUUAGGCUACUAAACCUUUCUAUAGGGGACCCUGGCACUCCUUGCUGCAUUAGUUGUGCUUACAGGAUACAAGCGCUUCCAUACACCUCACAUGUACUUCCUCGAACACACACACACACAUAUUGCAACAAUCACAUGCAAACACAAUUCUCUUGACCCCGUAGCUUGAAAUAAACCCGCUUGUUGCUAGAGAGGAGCUUGAUUUCGUUUUACCUCACACAUCGCACAGAAACUCAAGUAUGCUAGCUGGGUUUGUUAGGAGGUAUCCAUGCACGGGCAAGGCUAAGAGCUUACAACCCAGAUGAUAAACACAGUGAUCCCUUCUGGCCACGCCUAACACUGAAAUGCAAUUUCCAUGCUAGCAUGCUACUUAGUGAUGUAAAACUUCCUGUUGAGUAACACACGAGCGUGGAUAUUAGGACUCGCAGUGCGAGACUGCCAGCAAUAGCGGAAGCACUAUUCAGUGUGCGACUAGUGUGUUAACGAUAGGGUGCUAGCUAGCUAAAGCGCACAAACACCCUCUCAGUCUCACCUAUGCUUACCCUCAGACCGCCACGUUUGCUAAACACUCCAAGCAAACAAAACAGCACACACACACACACACACACACACACACACACACACACACACACACACACACACACACACACACAAAUCCACACAA